CGCGCACUUAACAACCACGCUACACCACAACUCUCCUCUCUUCCCUUCUUCUUUUCCUCCUCCUCCUCCUCCUCUCCUCUCUUCCUCUCUGCGGUUGCACGUUUUCCUCGUCCCGUAGUCCUAGCCGGCGAAUCUCCCCUCCUCCUCUUCCCUCUUUUUCCCUUCUUCCGCUCUUUUGUUUCCUUGCAAGAGUCGCCUCGGUCCGGCCCAAUUGAUUCGCCAGAGCUCUUCAAGAUGGGUAUUAUCGACGAUGAGAUGAAGCGCCUGCAGGACGUUGUGUCCAAGCUGGAGGAACGCGUCAAGAGCCUCGAGUUCCGCCAUUCCGGCGAACCCGCACCCGACGGCCUGCGCAUGGUCCUCAUGGGCCCUCCCGGAGCCGGCAAGGGAACGCAGGCCCCCAGGAUCAAGGAGAAGUUCUCGUGCUGCCACCUGGCCACCGGUGACAUGCUCCGAUCCCAGGUCGCUAAGAAGACACCGCUCGGUCGGGAGGCCAAGAAGAUCAUGGACGCCGGCGGCUUGGUCAGUGACGACAUCAUGAUCGGCAUGAUCAAGGAGGAGCUCGAGAACAACAAGGAAUGCAAGGGCGGCUUUAUCCUGGACGGCUUCCCUCGCACCGUCGCGCAGGCUGAGGGGCUCGACAAGAUGCUUUCCGACAAGCAGCAGAAGCUGCAGCACGCCGUCGAGCUUCAGAUCGACGACGCCCUCCUUGUCGCGCGCAUCACCGGCCGCCUGAUCCACCCCGCCUCCGGCCGCAGCUACCACACCAUCUUCAACCCGCCCAAGGUCGCCAUGACGGACGACAUCACGGGCGAGCCCCUGACCCAGCGAUCCGACGACAAUGCCGAGGCCCUUAAGAAGCGCCUAGUCACCUACCACGCCCAGACCGUCCCGGUCGCCGGCUACUACAAGAACACGGGCAUCUGGAAGGGCAUCGACGCUAGCCAAGAGCCCGGCCAGGUCUGGAGCAGCUUAUUAAAGAUCUUCGAAGACAAGAAGACGGGCGCCGGCAACUCGCUCUUUAGCAAGCUGACGGGCCAAUGAGCCGGCCCGCCGCCAUUAAUAGGACUAGUUUUUUUUUUUCCCCUUCUUUUAACGAACCCCCUGCCUUUUUUCCCUUUGUACUCCUAGAGCUGGUUCCUCAAGACUCGGUCAACUAGGGGACCGGAGAAUCAAACUGUCGGCAGAAGACGACUGACGAUGAAUUAUUCAACAAGCAUGAAGGGGGGA